AACUCAACAUGGCCGGACACGGUAAGUAGAAAGAUGUUUAUGAUUUGAUCCUAACUAGAGUAGAUUUUAGCUUGAUUUCGUCACACAUUUCCCUAUAUUUUAUUGUGAACAGAGCAAAUGGCUUUCAUGAAGCCGAAUAAAACGUUUUGGUAAGGAACAAGCGAUCAAUUAAUGAUUCGAAUGAAGGAGAAGCAUCUUCAAGCUAAUGCUAGCCGUUCACAACACUAACGGAGGACAACCUGUCUUGUCCUCCACACCACUGCAGAUCCUGUUUCACUUGAACGGCUGGUAUUUUGCAGCUUUCUUCAUCGCUGAGAUUCUUAUAUUUAUCUACAAAGGGGUGAUCCUCCCUUACCCACAAGCCAAUCUGAUAUUAGAUGUUGUCUUGCUGCUCCUCUUCCUGGGCCUGGAAACCCUCAGACUCUUCUAUGGCUGGAAGGGGAACCUGUGUCAGCGCUCUCUGGCUCUGUUUGUGAGUGUUGCUGUUCUGGUGCCCUGUGCGGUGCUGAGCGUCUACUUCCUGCUGCUGCAGACCUUUGUGUUACGGCUGGAGGUUGUGCUCAAUGCUGUGCUGCUCUGCUUCUACAGCUUUGAGCUGAUUCUGGGGCUCAUAACCCUCUCCGUUUUUUCAAGGGCCAACAUUUAUUAAUUCCAUCUGCUUUUUUGACGUCUGAAUGAAAACACUGAACUGAAUAAGCUUGCUGGCUUUCAGAUUGAGGGCCGUCAAGAUCUGCAAUACAUUUAAAUUACAUAAAACAGACAUUUCAUUUGUACAGUUUUUCAAACAAGUAUAUCAAGUUGAUCUUGAGAUGUUUUAAAGGCUAUUUUCAGUGUACUCUGAUUUUUAUAAAUAAUGCAUUCUUAAUUGCUAUGUAAAUGUAUUUAUGUAAAUAAAGUUUGCCAUUAUU